AUGCCAGAAAUCUUCGACGACAAGUCCCAGCAUUGCAUCCCCUUCCUUCUGGAGCGAUUACAAGCCCACCAAGAAAAGUACGGAAAGGACCCAGCAAAUACUCCGCCAUUCUUCCUUGGUCUCAACGGAGUCCAAGGAGCGGGGAAGACAGUUCUGGUGUCUACCCUCCAAUCCACACUGCGCUCCCCGCCAUACUCCCUCCCAGUCGUAACCCUCUCCCUUGACGACCUCUACCUCACCCACGAAGACCAACUGACCCUCGCAAAAGCCUUCCCCUCAAACCCUCUUCUCCGGCACCGUGGCCAGCCCGCUACCCAUGAUCUUCCGUUAGCUGAACAAGUCUUCUCGUCGCUGCGUUCCGGCCGUCCGACUGCGAUCCCACAGUACGAUAAAUCGGCAUUCGCAGGCCAGGGCGAUCGGGUCCCCCCGUCCCAAUGGGAGACAGUCAAUGCGGAAGGUCAGCAGAAAAUUAAAGUUCUUAUCUUUGAAGGAUGGAGUGUAGGGUUUCGCGCCUGGGACGACGACGUGCUCCGGGAGAAAUGGGAAGCCGCGGUCCAGGAAGAGAAGCAGGGAAAUUACAAAGGCCGUCUAGGCUAUGUGAAGUUUGAGGAUAUCAAGAUGGUGAAUGACGCAUUGAGGAAAUAUGAUGUUCUGACUGAUCAGUUGGAUGCGCUUAUCCAUAUUGACGCUCAGGACAACCACUUUGUCUAUGACUGGCGACAAGAGCAAGAAAGAUCUCUUCGCGCUGCAAAAGGCACCGGAAUGACAGAGGAGCAAGUCAAUCGCUUUGUGGACGGAUAUUAUCCCUCCUACGAACUCUACACAGAAACCCUCCGUGAAGGGGCCUUCAAACCGGUUCCGCAUUCGACUACAGCAUCUGCCUCCCCAUCAGGUUGGCAAGGCAGACAGCUUCGGUUGGUCGUCAACAAGAACCGAAAGGUCCAGGAGGUGAUCAGGUUGUAAUACCGUUCGUGGUUUGCGCGAAAGGUCGGCAGGCUAUCUGGACAUGAAUGCCAAUCCCUUCA